AUCUACAAGUCGCAAUUUAAGUAUAAAAUCCGUGUUGGUAUUUCUAAUAUAUAGCAGUAGACUAGUAGCUCAAUAACUCCAAUUCAACUAAUGUAUGAUUUGUCAUUUUCAUAUAUUUCAUUAAAUAACAGAAACAAAUUCUUCUGUGUGUGUGUGUCUGGUUAAUAAGCACACGCAGUGACGCGCACACACUCUCAUAAAUCAUAAUGCAGAAAAACAUUUGAGCAAUUUAAAAAAUACUACAUCCAUGGCCACCACCGGUACUGGGGCAUUCGCCGCCGGUAUCUGGCCGUUGACCCGCUGCCGCGAUGCAUCCACCACCACCGCGAGAAUUAGGCCAAUCUCCAAGUCUAAGCUAUCGGCCAUUCGGACGGAGAAGCAGGUAGCUCCCUCCGUUUCCGACAACGGCGCCUUGGGGUUGGGGAAGAAGCAGCCGAGUAGUGGAGGCCGUGGCGAGCGGGAGGCGGAGACGGAGAACCGGAGCUCCACUUUGAGAGAUUACUUCGAGCAGAGUAGAGAGUUGAUUAGUAGAUCGGACGGCGGACCGCCGCGGUGGUUUUCGCCCUUGGAAUGCCGAUCGCCGUUGAAGGAUUCGCCUCUUUUGCUAUACUUACCUGGGGUGGUUGGAGUAGGAAUGGGACUUUCAUUGCAACAUGAAAGACUUGGAAAGAUAUUUGAUAUAUGGUGCAUGCACAUCCCUCUCACAGACAGAACAUCAUUCACAGACCUGGUAAAGUUUGUUGAAAAUGCUGUUAAGACGGAGCAUUCGCGUUCUCCAAACAGACCGAUAUAUCUUCUUGGGGAAUCUUUUGGGGCAUGCCUCGCACUUGCUGUUGCUGCUCGUAAUCCAAAUAUUGAUCUUGUCUUAAUCUUGGCUAAUCCAGCCACCUCUUUUGGAAAAUCUGUGUCGCAAAGUCUGUUGCCGUUGUCAACUGUGAUGCCUGAGCAGCUCGGAUCCGGUUUACCUUAUUUGCUAACUUUACUGUUAGGUAACCCUGCAAAGGCGGUGACAGCAGCGAUGAGGAAAAAUCUUCCUUCAGAACAAGUGAUUGAGAAUCUAUCUCAGGAAACUAUUGCAAUGUCCUCAUAUCUUUCUGUGCUCUCUAAGCUUUUCAACGUGGAAACGCUUCGCUGGAAGCUCAAUCUGCUCAAAUCAGCUGCUGGAUUUGCCAAUUCACGACUUCAUGCAGUGAAAGCUCAAACUUUGAUACUUGCGAGUGGACAAGACCAGUUGCUUCCAAGUAGAGAGGAAGCUGAGAGACUUCAUCAGGUGCUGCCAAAGUCUCAAGUCCGUCUAUUCGAAGACAGUGGUCAUGCCCUCUUCUUGGAAGAUGGCAUCAGCUUGAUCUCGAUCUUAACCGGUUCCAGUUUCUACAGGCGUGGAGCACGCCAUGAUUAUGUCUCUGAUUACUUGCCACCAUCCCCUUCUGAAUUCAGGAGAGUCUAUGAACCACAAAGUUGGAUUGACGCUGCUACUAAUCCUGUGGUUCUGUCGACUACGGAAAAUGGAGACAUUGUUAGAGGUCUUGCUGGAAUUCCUUCUGAAGGACCAGUACUAUAUGUUGGUUACCAUAUGAUGCUCGGCUUUGAGAUAGUGCCUCUCGUGUCCCGUUUCUGGACUGAAAGGAAUAUUCUCUUGCGAGGAGUGGCACAUCCAAUGAUGUUUACCAAGUUGAAAGAAGGGAGGAUGCCAGAUACAUCAGCCUUUGACACAUUCAGGAUCAUGGGGGCAGUUCCCGUAUCAGCACCCAAUUUCUUUAGGCUUUUCUCUUCAAAAUCGCACGUGCUACUCUAUCCUGGAGGAGUGCGUGAGGCUCUUCAUAGAAAGGGCGAGGAGUACAAACUAUUCUGGCCAGAACAGUCAGAGUUUGUUCGGAUGGCAGCUAAAUUUGGAGCAAAAAUCGUGCCUUUUGGCGUUGUUGGAGAAGAUGAUGUUGGUCAUUUGCUCAUGGAUUACGAUGAUCUGAGGCGCAUUCCAUAUUUCAGAAAUUCUAUAGAAGAGCUAACCGCGGAGGUGGUGAAGUUGAGGAGCAACACAGUAGGAGAGGUAGCAAACCAAGACGUUCACCUUCCAAUCAUCGUACCCAAAAUUCCAGGCCGGUUUUAUUUCCUAUUCGGGAAGCCUAUAGAAACUAAAGGAAGACAGCAGGAAUUGAAAAGCAGAGAGAAAGCUCAAGAAUUGUAUUUGGAAGUGAAAAGUGAGGUGGAGAAAAAUCUUGCUUAUUUGAAGGAGAAAAGAGAGAGUGAUCCUUAUAGAAACAUAUUUGCUCGUUUGAGUUACCAGGCAAGCCAUGGGUUUGAAUCUGAGGUACCCACUUUCGACUUCAGCGACAAAAUGCACACAUAAUAUUAAGGUCAGACGAGUUCCUCUAUUGUUAUACCUUCACUACUUAUCGAGAAUGUAAUUUAUAUUAUUCAUAUUAGUACUAGUUAUUUUGAAUAUUUGUACAUGUACAUUAAUUUGACUUUGAGUAAUAAUAGUCGAAGGUCGAAAUA